GGCAAUAGGCGCAUAUGUUGAUGGGCGGUGGGUGGGUGUGUGUAUAGCGAAGGCAGCCAGCCCCAGUGCACUAAUGCUGGGCGGAGUCCUUUCCUUUCAGUCACACGGUUGACAGCGAAUCAUGCCAGCGGGGAACUUUUUUUCUCUCUUUCAUUUACUCUGUGGCCCCCUUGUUUAUUUUUGACAUGCUCUCUCGUUCGACACGACGCAGUGCGAUAGCACUGAUCCGUUGUGCUAAACCUAAUAACAGCACUGGAAGCAAUGUAUUGAUUCGAGCCAAACAUACCCGAGCAAAUGUAAACCUCAACCGACGCAACAUUACAAACAGCAUUCCAAAACCGAGACAAGUGGCACCUGGAAGCAACAAGCUUGUCAAUGAAAAAGCUCUUGACAUUGAAGAUAGCGUUAUCCCAACAGAGGAGGCCAACGACAUAGUGAGCGAUCUCGAAACUGUUGCUGAAGCCAAGGAUGUCAACAAACGAAUCUCAGGACGGUCGCCGAUACUUUUAGGUGAUUUUGUCGAAGCUUUCCAAAACGGACAGUAUAGCGGCGUAGUUGUUGGGCAGCGAAGCGCCAGUGGCGGACGCCAAGUUUUGACGAUUUUACUAAAGAACGGGAAAACCAGAGAAUUUAGCAGCACAACGAUUGCUCACGUCGUUCCGAGAUUCAUCCAAAACGAUGUGCGAUUGCGAAAUUUUUCGUUCGAUCCAUCAGCCGGAACGAUGCCUAACGAUACGUACCCAGUGGCAGAUUUCAGUCGACGAAUUUCGGAAUAUCAACGCACGAUUCAGUUACGCAAAGGAUUAGGAUUGAAGCGUCUGAGCGAUUUACACAACGUCUUCAGGUCAAUGUUGGUCGCGAACUCAAUUGUAGAGGACAGGGAUGUAUCGUAUUAUGACACGUUCUCGUUAGAAACCUUGGCUCAAUGGGCUUUCAAUACACGAACACCGUCGACGGAGCAACUCCAUGCCACGUUUUUGCACUUGAUUAACGACAAUGUGAAUUUUAUUCCUACGAUCAAUGUACGCACGUCGGGUCUUUGGAUGUUUCGACCAAAAAAAGAAACAAAACUUAUCCAAGAGAUUACUGAAUCCGUACGAUCCAACGACGAGGCGUAUACAGGAUUUAUCAGACGAGCCAAGCAGCUUGUCGAGUUUUAUCAAGCACAUGCGGAUCCGCUCUUGGGCACUUUUUCACAUGCUUCAUUGGACGUGGCGAAAGCGUCGUACAAUUUGACGGAGACAGAUGCCAAGUUUAUCAACUUUAUUGCGGAUUGGGUAAAGUCGCCAGCUACGGGUAUCCACACGCCUCAUGAAAUAUUUGCACCCACGAUAUUAAAGGGACUAGGCUGCUACUCGGACCAUUUAUUCGUGGAUCGGGGAUUGGCUAUGCAAUUCUUAAAGCAGAUCGGCAUGUUCAAACCUUGGGAUAAUUCCAUGUUGAUUCAGAACGCUGGCAAUUUGGUGGACGACUAUGUAUGGUCGGACAAGGCCACCAAAAUGGAUGAAACAAUGGAGCGACAUGCCAAUAUCUUUUUGCAAGGUCAAUUGGAUCAGUCGGGCUUCCAUGCGCGGGAUCCAUGUGAUGCGAUUCGACAUGACUUUGGAGAUAUGCCUGUUUACACUAUAGACGACCAGGCAGCCAAAGAAAUUGACGACGGUAUUUCUAUCGAGCGGAUACCUGGUAGUAAUGGCGACGACGUAUGGUUACAUGUCCACAUUGCCGAUCCAUCCGCUUAUAUCCCUCCCACACACGAGCUGGCCAAGGUGAUGGAGCAGCGGGGACAAACUCUGUAUCUACCCGAGCAGCAUUUUCCAAUCCUACCAAGCUCGUUGGCAUCCGAGAAAUUCAGUUUGGGAUCAUCAGCGCACACCAACAGCAACGGAUCGCAAUAUGCACUCACAUUUAGUGCUAGGCUCAAUAAGGCGGGCGACAUGCAGGCAUGGAAGCUUCGGCCAAGUUUGGUCAAGAAUGUCAAGAAACUGUACUAUAGCGAUGUCGACGAAUUCAUUUUACCACAUGCAGCUGAUACAGUUCCUUCAGAGCCGCUUGUAGAUUUCAACAAGAAAUUCGCGCAUCCGACAUCAAUACCACCUUUGCACCAAGCAUCAUCAUCAUCAUCAUCAUCAGUAACCAAAGAAUGCGAACAGGAUUUAUUGGAUAUUUUCAAAUUGACUUCCCAGCAUAGCCGGUUUCGAUUCGAUCAAGGAGCACUCAAUUUUGUACGACCCAAUCCCUAUGUCGAGCUCGAACCUCAACCACUUGCCUUGCCGAAUAUCCACUUUGCGUCUCCAUCACUCAGCUAUGCUUCAACAUUACCCGUGGUUCGCGUUGGUUUGGAUAACUCGAGCAUCUCUCCUGCCAAAAGAAUGGUUGCUGAAGCCAUGAUUAUGGGUGGUCGUAUUGCCAGCCACUAUGCACAAGAACAUGGUGUCAUUAUUCCACACCGAACGCAAACAUGGCCCGACAAUGCAUCCAAUACAGAUAUUGAACUACGGCAACACAUGCUCAACGAACGUGAUUCCAGUACGGGUGUGAUUGGAUUACGAAAUGUACUUCAAUAUCUCGGCAUUCUACCACCAGCAUCAAUCAGUACAACAUCCGGGUUACCACAUAUUUUAAUGGGUAUUCCCAACGGUUAUGUCAAGGCAACAUCCCCCUUGCGUCGAUAUUUGGAUAUUGUCACUCAUUGGCAACUCAAAGCCCAUCUAUUGAAAGAGCCCGCGCCAUUCACCCAAGACAGGUUGGAAACGGUAUUAAUACCACGCAUGGAAGCAAGGGAAAAACAGCUAUCGUUCUUGCAGCAAGAUUGUCUGCAAUAUUGGGUGAUCGAAUUGAUGCAACGGCUGAUGGCGGAUAGUCACGGUAAAGAAUUGGAGUGGACGUGUUUGGUCAACACACCAAAUCGUGCUUCUAAAUCCGAGCUGGGUGGUGCCACAGAAACUGCACGAGCAACGAUUAUGGAAUUGGGACUUCGAGCGCGUAUUCAGAAUUUGAAGACGAGUUUGCACACGGGCGAUGUUGUCAAGACACGUGUUGCUAAGUUGGACUCGUUCCGAGGCUUUGUAGAUUUAGAACUUGUAUAGAAUACUCAUUCUUUUAAUAUUUACUGUUGCUUACCCUUUGUUAUGUAACUAGAACAAUUAAAAGCACUUAUCAUAAUUUAACAGCUAUAUUCUUGUUUGAGAAGAAAGUUUAUAGUCAAUGUAUAUAUCAAC